CAAAUUCUAUACUGAAAAAUCCCCUGCAAUUUGGAGGGUUUCAUUUUUCUCUCAAACCCCUUUUUACUUACAAAUCAAGCACAAUAAUCCCUAUAUCAAACACAUAUAUGCAACCGCCAAAUACAUUCCAAAUUGGUUUAGGAUUCAUAUAACUACUACUAUUAGAAUUUGGAUAUAUAUAUUUGUUUUUUUUAGUAUUAAUUUCAUUAUGAUGAUAUCUUCCCUUCUUCGUUUUGCUACUUCUUCACCUAUAAAUGCAAUUAAACUCACUAAUCUUCGUGUUUUUGGCCCUGGUUUGAAUCCCUUUGCUCCUUACAACUUGGCUAAUCAUUCCUCUCGUUAAACCUUCCUUUUUUUGCUACUACUCUGUUUUCUUGAUUUCUUUUUCAAUCAAUCAUGUAAAUUGAAGUAAAGGGUUCUUGAAAUUAUCACUUUCUUGGGUAUUACAUCAGAAAGAUUGUGUUUUGAAUGCAAUUAAGCUCACUAAUCUUCUUGUUUUUUGCCCUGGUUUGAAUCCCUUUGCUCCUUACAACUUAGCUAAUCAUUCCUCUCGUUAAACCCUCCUUUUUUUUUUUUGCCACUGUUUUGUUUUCUUGGUUCUCUGUUUUCAAUCAAUCAUGUAAAUUGAAGUAAAGGGUCUUUGAAAUUAUCACCACUUUUGGGUCUUAUGAGUUGCUCAAGAAUUUGUUGGUUGUUUGGGCAAUCAGAAGAUAAUAACAAUCUCAUCAGAAAGAUUGUGUUUUUAGUGAUGUAAAAGGGUCUUGAGAUUUACUCAAUAGAGUUGUGUGUUAGAAAUUGUUGAUUGUGAGGGAAUAUUGGUUUUUUUUUUUUUUUUUGUUGUAGUUGAGGUGUGUAUUUCUGGAAUCUGGAGCUUGGUUUAGUAAAGUAGGAAACAGAAAAAAAAAAAAGAGAAAUGCAAGAAGAGCGAUUGAAUAUAAGUAGGGGUUCGAGAAGAAUGCAGAUUGGAGGUGGUGAUAUGGAUGACCGAGGCUGGACUCUGCUUCAUAUUGUUGCUCGGAAAGGUGACCUGAAAGAAGUUAAGAGACUUCUUAAUGAAGGCAUGGAUGCAAAUUUGACUGCUGGGGGCCGUAAGUCACUUGGUGCGACUCCACUUCAUCUUGCUGCUAAGGGUGGUCACCUCCGAGUUAUGGAUGCAUUGCUUGAGAGAGGUGCUGAUAUUGAUGCACGAACCAAGGGUGCCUGCGGAUGGACUCCACUACAUCAUGCAGCUAAAGAAAGAAAGAGGAAAGCAAUCAGAUUCUUGAUUAGAAAUGGUGCAUAUUUGCCGGAUGACAUCCAUGAUACCAGGUUCAAUCCUCCACUCCACUACUGUCCUGGUCUCGAAUGGGCUUAUGAGGAGAUGAGGCUGCUGCAACUAGAGAGUUCAUCAUCUGGUGAGGCCUCUUACAGCUCGGGAAACUGAGGUGCAACAAGACUUUUCUCUGCACAUGUUCCGCGAGGAAGAAAUGUUGACAAGCACAGCCAUGUUCUGGAUUUCUCUAUUCAUAUUCAACUGCCAUAUCUAGAAUUGUUGUCAUUAAACUCCACAGCUGCAGACUUGCAGUUGGAUUUGGAGCCUUGAAUAUAUGGUUUGUCCUUGUAGAUCGCUUGUAUUAGUAGUUUUUACCAAGUAAACUACAAUGUCAUGUGGUAUUCACUUCAGUUGCUAUGGUAGUUAAAGGCUCAACGAAAUGUCUGUCUGCUG